GGCUGCCAAUCAAAGCCUCGAAGCAACGUCCUUCGCUUGUUCCUAUUGGUCUGGUGAUUGAUUAAUUCUGCGAAGAAACGGUCAGUGUUGCAGAAUUCUCUCCCAGUGAGAGCUCGCGACGCGCUUUUCUCCCCACUCGAUUCUUAUAAAAAAAGGUUGCUUUCAGUUUGAGCUCCGCCACCAUCGAUCUGACGGUUAGCUUAUGGUCUUUCUCUGCUUCGAGUUUCGCGGUUGAAGGAGGCCUGCGGGGAUGGAGAACGGCGCCGGAGUUGAGCAGGGGAUCAGUCCUUUAAUGGCGGAGCUGGCUCGGGCGCUGCGCCUCGUGCAGCAGCUCGAUUCCCAUCUUUCCUGCCCUUCGCCGGCCGAGUCCUGCAAGUCCUUGGCGCCCGAUAUCCUCUCCUCCAUUCAAAAAUCGAUCUUGAUGGCUCAGUCGAGCAACCCCGGCUCGCCGGCGUCCGCCGGCGGCAGUCCCCGGAGCGAUAGCUCCAGCCCGGCGUUCCGGGAUCAAGAACGCAAGGAGAUGAUGAAGAAAAGGAAGACGCUUCACAAGUGGACGAGACAAGUGAAGCUCACCCCCGGCGCGGCUGGAGGCGUCGAAGGGCCGGUGGACGACGGCUACAGUUGGAGAAAGUACGGCCAGAAAGACAUCCUUGGAGCCAAACACCCAAGAGCCUACUACAGAUGCACCCACCGGAAAACACAGGGCUGUCCGGCGACGAAGCAAGUGCAGCGAUCGGACGACGACCCUCUGCUGUUCGACAUCACCUACCUGGGAACGCACUCGUGCCUGCAAAGGCCACAGAACAAGGAGCAGCAGCAGCAGAGGAAGCAGAGGCCGGAGCUGAAAGUUAAAACUGAAGGCUUGGACGGCGAUGCUUCUCUAUCUUUUGCGUCCGUAUCCGACGAAAUGCCGGCGGAGAUCUUCUCCAUAAUCGGCACUUCGUCGCCGGAUUUUCUGUCUCCGGUCACCUCCGAGUCCGCCUGCUUGUUCAUGUCGCCGUGUCCUAUGGUAACUAGCCUCGACUGGGGCAAUUCGUCUGUCGUCGACAUGGAUUUCUUGCUCGAUGAGCUCGACUUGGAACAGAGCUUCCAAUUCGAUGCCUCAAGCUUCUCCACAUAAGGAUUUAUUUUUUAGUGGAUAGGAUAGAAGUAUCGACCAAUCGAUCACUGUUCAGUCACCUGUGUUUGAAGGAAUGGUUCGUGGAAUCAUUAUUCGACAAGUCAUUGUAGGAAAUUAUGAUAUCUCUUUUCGGUGGUCUCUCACACAAUUUGGCGUGUACUAUAUAAAAGAAAUAAAUAAAUCAAUUCAUAAUCGGCCAUUAAAUGAUUA